GUCCAAGGCAAAAUGUUGCACUCUGCUAUUAAUGCGUUUGUUCUUUUGUUUCUUAUAAAUAGGAUCAAUGUUUCUUUGGCUACAGAACCAGUAUGUUCAAAAUUUGAUUAUGAAGAAAAGCUUCUAGAAAAAAUGAUUAGACAAGAAAUUAAGGUAGAAACAAUGGAAAGUGAAAUAGUGAAAACUCAAGAUUCUGUCUUGAACACUUUAAACGAAAUAAAGAAGAAAGUUGCCGAUAUCAACGACAGAUUUGAAGACCUGAGAAAUAAUAUCACGGAAGAGAUGAUUGCAAAAACUAAGGAUUUAGAGAAGAAAGAGGAACUCUUCAAGAAUUUAUUUGAAGAACUACGAACAAAUUUCACGAGCGACACUGACCGCCAAGAAUUUUUCAAGAAUUUAUUUGAUGAACUACGAACGAAUUUCACGAACGACAUAGAGAAUCAAAGAAACGCUCUUACUGACCUGAAAGAGGAGAUAGCAAGUCCUUCCGUCGCAUUUUAUGCACACCACGUAACAGAUCUGGUCCUUGAUGUGACCCACGAGAUCAUUGUGUUUGAUACAAUCAUUACCAAAGAGGGUUCUGGAUACGACACCUCCACAGGGAUCUUCACUGCCCCUGUCGGAGGAUUGUACCAGUUCACUGUCCAUGUUUGUGCACUUACUGAAACAUAUUCUGUCGUUGGCUUGUCACUGGCAGGGAAGGUUGUUGCUGCAGCAAUAAAUUACGACAGGGACCACUACAUCUGUAGUUCAGUAGGAGCAGUAGUUAGAAUGAACUCUGGAGAACAGAUAUGGGUAAAAUGUACCUCAGGAUCUUCUACCUAUAGGUUAUAUCAAGACAACUAUAGAAUGAACACAUUUAGUGGCAUUCUGCUUAACAAAUAG